AUGAAUCCAACGGUCUUUCCGAACACAGUCAAUGUAGCGACUUCUUCUUCCGCUGGUCUUGCUCAAUCAUUAUUACAAUUUGCUAGGCAGUUAGAUGAAGUACAAAUCACGCUCGUUGGGCCUCCAACCAGAAAUACCGAUCAGUACUCUAUUACCAAUGCCAUUUAUGAUUAUUUGAAUGCUACGGGUUCGAUGUUGAUUAGGAAAAAUAUCGAAGUUAAAAGGAACUAUAAUGGUAUCUCAGACACCAUUCGUUCCUUACAAAUGUCAACGAAGGUUGUCGCUAUCGGUACAGAUUUCGAAAAUCUGAAAGAAGCGCUGGAUCAACUCGACGUCCGCAGUCUGUCCAGUAACUCAUAUAUUGUAAUCAUGUUGUGCUCUAGUCCAGUAGAAAACUGUUUUGCCAGUCCUGAUGCAAGAUCUGUAAUUGCGAACAACGAUAUAAUGGUGCUAGCACCGAGGAUGGAGAACUAUGCUAUGGCAAGCACGAAGUUAUCAACGCUCAUUUCUAAUCCUGUUAUGGGAAAUAUGGACAGAUAUAUAUCCCUGUAUAACUCCUGCUAUGGCUACUGCUUCGGGUUCGAUGGUGGAGGCACUCUCCUCUACGACUAUUACCUCUACACUUUGCCCGGCAGAGAUGGUAAGAAGGAUCUUGACCUAAAGUUACUCUAA